AAAAAGAAAAAAGAGAGUGACUUUUAAAUACAAACAAUAGAUGAGGGGCUCGGUAAGUAAGUUCUCUAUAUUCUAUAAAUUCCGAAACCCUAACUCAAUUAGAAGCCUCUGUACAUCCCUUCCUCACUCAGCAGUCGCCGCAGCCGUUUGCUCCGAGCUUCUUGAUCUUGUAAGGAUGGUGAGAGUUAGCGUAUUGAACGAUGCUCUUAAGAGCAUGUACAAUGCUGAGAAGAGGGGGAAGAGACAGGUCAUGAUUAGGCCUUCUUCGAAAGUGAUCAUCAAGUUUCUUAUGGUCAUGCAAAAGCAUGGUUACAUCGGUGAGUUUGAAUAUGUUGAUGACCACAGAUCAGGAAAGAUUGUUGUUGAACUGAAUGGGCGUUUGAACAAAUGUGGAGUCAUUAGUCCACGUUUUGAUGUUGGAGUGAAGGAAAUUGAGCCCUGGACUGCUAGACUUCUUCCUUCCAGACAGUUUGGGUACAUUGUCUUGACAACAUCAGCUGGGAUCAUGGACCAUGAAGAAGCUAGGAGGAAGAAUGUUGGUGGUAAAGUUCUUGGUUUCUUCUACUAAGUCUCUAAAUUCUUAUGAUCCAAAAUGCUGUUUUUAGGAUAGGACAUAAAAGAAUUAAUGUUUAUGUUUUUGAUGUUUGAUUUGUUAAGGAUGAGAGCAUGGUUUUGGUUUGAUUUAUAUUUUAAGUUGUCAUGUUGAAAACAAGUUUUAUAUCUUAGAUUUUUAGUUUUUGGAUCAA